AUGAAAGAGUUAUUGCGUUGGGUACUAUUAUUACUAAUAUUGAUUAUGUUUGGUGGCUCACUACUAAGUCGGGAAACAACAUCAACAUAUGGCAAUUAUCGUUAUAUUGGUAUUAAAUUAAUUUUAUUUGGUAUUGGUGUGGACUUUGCAUUCACAUAUACUGAUAACUUUAUUGGUGAUUUCUUAGGCGAUAAUAAAAUUAACUUAGUGAAACAUUGA